CGUAAAAUAAGCAACAACAAUGUUUGACGAAAAUUACGCAUACAGAAUAAGCUGCGAUCCAAAACCUUUAAAAGGUGGUUGUGAUGACCAGUGGACAUGGAAUCGCCGUGAACGAAGUCCAGAAGCUCGUUUAUAUGGUCCUGGAUUACGUAUUGCACAUUUCCAUCCAACAUGGAGUAGUGGAACAGCUGGGGUAAGAGGUACCAAAGUAUUAAAUAACGGUCGAUAUUACUGGGAGUUGAAAGUAUCGCAACGUGUGUUUGGAACCAGUAUGAUGUUUGGUAUCGGUACAAGAAAAGCACGGUUACAUGCCGAUUCAUUUGUAAAUUUAUUAGGGGAAGAUAAACAUAGUUGGGGUUUGUCACAUAAAGGGUUGCUGUGGCAUGGAGGACGAUGGAAACAUUUUAUAAAACCGUUCAAAGAAAAUCGUGCAACGCUGAUUGGAAUAUUAUUUGAUGGAGUUGAAGGUACUUUAACGUAUUAUAAAGAUGGUAAAUGUUUGGGCGUUGCAUUCAAAGAUUUGCAUGAAGUGCGGGAACCAUUAUUUCCAAUGAUAUGUUCUACAGCGGCGAAAACUGAAAUGACUCUGUGUUGUAUGCGUCGUGAUUUUGUGAAUUUGCAAGAUAGAUGUCGAGCGGAAAUUAUUAAACGCAUAAAUAAUAAACAGGAUAUAGAUAAAUUAUAUUUACCUAUGCCUUUAAAACAUUAUUUGGAAGAGGCAAUUUUAGAGAAGGCGCAGCCUUUUCUACCUGUGAAUACUAAUUGUGUUUUACAUUCUGUGUAAUUUAUUUUACUUAUUUCUAGUUGUAAUUUUAAUUAUAUUUUUCGGCACAGUGAUUAACAACAUAGUGCUAGGAGUAGAAAAGGUUUCUUGGAGGCGUUACAAUUAACAAACAAAUAUUCUAACAGAAAAGUCCUUUUCUUAAAUUGCCUAAGACAUCACACUGUGUUGUUUAAUCACUGUUUUCAUGAAGACAUCUUACAAAAUUGAUUUUUGGCGUCGAUCAAACGUUCAAUUACACAUAAACACAGUUACAAAUACCAUAGGCGCCAUUAUUUUCAACAGUUUCAACUUUACAGCUAAAAAUAGUGAAAGAACAAGUUCAAAAGUAUUACUUUUCAGCCAAUUUAUCGGCUGGAACCAUACAAUUUUACUGUUAAUAAUAAUCGAUAUUGACUAUGUAAUUUUCUGAUAUGCCGCACAUUGUUAUAAGUGACCGUUUUAUCCGUUAAUUUAGCACCCCUACGUAUUUUUAAGAAAAAAUAAAUAAUCUAUA